AUGUUGGCUCAUCCGUCACAACGUGUUUGCAUAUCAAGGGUAAACAGCCUCAUUCCCCGUGCUGGGAGUAACAUCUGGCGCAGCUCUGCUCCUGUUCAUGGUCACCACUCCCUCACUCGAAAUAACAGGUGGUGGAAUCCACUCAAAGUUUCUCAACGCCGUGUUCAAGAACAUCCAUACUCGCUCGUCAUCGUCGCAAACGCAACACGAUUGUUCACCAGUUCUGCCCCAUUAAGUAAGAAGAAGGAUAAGAGCGGCAAGAGAAGCAACGACAUUGACAAGACCGACACAUCACCUUCCAGCGAUCCUUUCGACCUAACUCAGUUACACAAUGGAAUUACAGACGCUCUCGCACGUUUCAAGGAUGAUCUUUCCAAGCUUCGUUCAGGCGGGAGACUAAACCCAGAAGUUAUCGAAAACGUUCGUGUCCAUCUGGUGAAGGGUAGCAAAGAGACGGUGAAACUGGGCGAGCUGGCGCAAGUUGUUCCGAAAGGAGGACGCUCGGUAGCUAUAAUCGUUGGGGAGGAAGACCUCGUAAAACCGAUCAAUUCAGCUAUUAUUGCCUCUGAUUUAUCUCUGACGCCGCAGCCUGAUCCGCACAAUCCUUUGCAGCUCAAUGUUCCAAUUCCUCCGCCGACGAAGGAUUCCCGAGAACAGACAAUCAAGACCGCUAAAGCUGCGAUGGAACGUGCAGUAAAUGGAGUUCGCAAUUCGCGAGCCGUCUUGCAUAAAAGAUUCCAGGAAAUGCAGAAGAACAAAGAGGCACGGCCGGACGAUAUCCGAAGAGCGCAUGAUCAAAUGGAGAAGGUAGUGGAAAAAGGCCAGAAGGAGAUCAAGGAUUUAUUCGAGGCCGCGAAGAAGGCAUUUGAGCAAACAUGA